UCGGCGCCAGUCCCGCUCCGCGCUGUGCUGCUUCGCUCCGGCUCUAGCUCGGCUCGGGCUCGGCUCGGGCUCCGGUGGCGCCCCCCGCGCCGGGCCCGGGGCAGAAGGCGGCGCACCAUGGCCCGCGCCCAGGCUCUGGUCCUGGCGCUCACCUUCCAGCUCUGUGCGCCGGAGACCGAGACUCCCGCAGCUGGCUGCACCUUCGAGGAGACAAGUGACUCAGCAGUGCCCUGUGAGUACAGCCAGGCCCAGUACGACGACUUCCAGUGGGAGCAGGUGCGGAUCCAACCUGGUACCCGGGCUCCUGCGGACCUGCCCCAUGGUUCCUACUUGAUGGUCAAUGCUUCCCAGCAUGCUCCAGGCCAGCGGGCCCAUGUCAUCUUCCAGAGCCUGAGCGAGAAUGACACCCACUGUGUGCAGUUCAGCUACUUCCUGUACAGCCGGGAUGGGCACAGCCCGGGCACACUGGGUAUCUACGUGCGGGUCAAUGGCGGUCCCCUGGGCAGCGCUGUCUGGAAUAUGACGGGAUCCCAUGGCCGUCAGUGGCACCAGGCUGAAAUGGCUGUCAGCACCUUCUGGCCCAAUGAAUAUCAGGUGCUGUUUGAGGCCCUCAUCUCCCCAGACCGCAGGGGCUACAUGGGCCUGGACGACAUCUUGCUGCUCAGCUACCCCUGCGCAAAGGCCCCGCACUUCUUCCGCCUGGGCGACGUGGAGGUCAACGCCGGCCAGAACGCCUCCUUCCAGUGCAUGGCGGCGGGCAGGGCGGCGGAGGCGGAACAUUUUCUCCUGCAGCGGCAGAGCGGGGCGCUGGUGCCCGCGGCCGGCGUGCGGCACAUCAGCCACCGGCGCUUCCUCGCCACCUUCCCGCUGGCCGCCGUGGGCCGCGAGGAGCAGGACCUGUACCGCUGCGUGUCCCAGGCCCCGCGCGGCGCGGGCGUCUCCAACUUCGCGGAGCUCAUCGUCAAGGAGCCCCCCACUCCCAUCGCGCCCCCGCAGCUGCUGCGCGCAGGUCCCACCUACCUCAUCAUCCAGCUCAACACCAACUCCAUCAUUGGCGAUGGGCCCAUCGUGCGCAAGGAGAUUGAGUACCGCAUGGCGCGCGGCCCGUGGGCAGAGGUGCACGCCGUCAACCUGCAGACCUACAAGCUGUGGCACCUGGACCCCGACACUGAGUACGAGAUCAGCGUGCUCCUCACGCGCCCGGGGGACGGCGGCACUGGCCGCCCCGGGCCUCCCCUGGUCAGCCGCACCAAGUGCGCAGAGCCCAUGAGGGCCCCCAAAGGCCUGGCUUUCGCUGAGAUCCAGGCCCGCCAGCUGACCCUGCAGUGGGAACCACUGGGCUACAACGUGACGCGGUGCCACACCUACACCGUGUCCCUGUGCUAUCACUACAUCCUGGGCAGCAGCCACAACCAGACGGUGCGGGAGUGUGUGAAGAUGGAGCGGGGUGUCAGCCGCUACACCAUCAAGAACCUGCUGCCCUACCGGAAUGUUCACGUGCGCCUUGUGCUCACUAACCCCGAGGGGCGCAAAGAAGGCAAGGAGGUCACCUUCCAGACGGACGAGGACGUGCCUGGUGGGAUUGCGGCCGAGUCCCUGACCUUCACUCCACUGGAGGACAUGAUCUUCCUCAAGUGGGAGGAGCCGCAGGAACCCAAUGGCCGCAUCACUCAGUAUGAGAUCAGUUACCAGAGCAUCGAGUCAUCAGACCCGGUGGUGAACGUGCCAGGCCCACGACGUACCAUCUCCAAGCUCCGCAAUGAAACCUACCACGUCUUCUCCAACCUGCACCCAGGCACCACCUACCUCUUCUCCGUGCGAGCCCGCACGGGCAAAGGCUUCGGCCAGGCAGCACUGACCGAGAUCACCACCAACAUCUCAGCUCCCAGCUUUGAUUAUGCUGACAUGCCGUCGCCCCUGGGGGAGUCUGAGAACACCAUCACCGUGCUGCUGAGGCCUGCCCAGGGCCGCGGUGCGCCCAUCAGAAGAAGCUGGGCUGCUGGUGCCAUGGUGGCUGCCUUUGCUGGGGAGAAGGUGCUGGCAACAAGUAGCGUGUACCAGGUGAUCGUGCAGGAGGAGCGGCCGCGGAGGCUGCGGCGGGAGCCAGGCGGCCAGGACUGCUUCCCGGUGCCGCUGACCUUCGACGCCGCGCUGGCCCGCGGCCUGGUGCACUACUUCGGGGCUGAACUGGCGGCCAGCAGUCUGCCCGAGGCCAUGCCCUUCACCGUGGGCGACAACCAGACCUAUCGCGGCUUCUGGAACCCACCGCUUGAGCCCAGGAAAGCUUACCUCAUCUACUUCCAGGCAACAAGCCACCUGAAGGGGGAGACCCGGCUGAAUUGCAUCCGCAUCGCCAGGAAAGCUGCCUGCAAGGAAAGCAAGCGGCCCCUGGAGGUGUCCCAGAGAUCAGAGGAGAUGGGGCUCAUCUUGGGCAUCUGUGCAGGGGGACUUGCUGUCCUCAUCCUCCUCUUGGGGGCCAUCAUUAUCAUCAUCCGCAAGGGGAAGCCGGUGAACAUGACCAAGGCCACCGUCAACUACCGCCAGGAGAAGACGCACAUGAUGAGCGCCGUGGACCGGAGCUUCACGGACCAGAGCACCCUGCAGGAGGAUGAGCGGCUGGGCCUCUCCUUCAUGGACGCCCACGGCUACAGCCCCCGGGGGGACCAGCGCGGCAAUGGGGUCACUGAGGCCAGCAGCCUUCUGGGGGGCUCACCGCGGCGUCCGUGUGGCCGGAAGGGCUCCCCGUAUCACACGGGGCAGCUGCAUCCUGCGGUGCGUGUGGCCGACCUCCUGCAGCACAUCAACCAGAUGAAGACGGCCGAGGGCUAUGGCUUCAAGCAGGAGUACGAGAGCUUCUUUGAAGGCUGGGAUGCCACAAAGAAGAAAGACAAGGUCAAGGGCAGCCGACAGGAGCCCUUGCCUGCCUAUGAUCGGCACCGAGUGAAGCUCCACCCGAUGUUGGGAGACCCGGAUGCCGACUACAUUAACGCCAACUAUAUAGACAUUCGGAUAAACCGUGAAGGUUAUCACAGGUCAAACCACUUCAUAGCCACUCAAGGGCCGAAGCCCGAGAUGGUCUACGACUUCUGGCGCUUGGUGUGGCAGGAGCACUGUUCGAGCAUCGUCAUGAUCACCAAGCUGGUGGAAGUGGGCAGGGUGAAGUGCUCGCGCUACUGGCCGGAAGACUCGGACAUGUACGGGGACAUCAAGAUCACGCUGGUGAAGACGGAGACGCUAGCAGAAUACGUUGUGCGCACCUUUGCCCUGGAGCGGAGAGGCUACUCUGCCCGGCACGAGGUCCGCCAGUUCCACUUCACAGCGUGGCCGGAGCACGGCGUCCCCUACCACGCCACGGGGCUGCUGGCCUUCAUCCGGCGCGUGAAGGCCUCCACCCCGCCUGACGCUGGGCCCAUCGUCAUCCACUGCAGCGCCGGCACUGGCCGCACAGGCUGCUACAUCGUUCUGGACGUGAUGCUGGACAUGGCCGAGUGUGAGGGUGUCGUGGACAUUUACAACUGCGUGAAGACCCUCUGCUCCCGGCGCGUCAACAUGAUCCAGACUGAGGAGCAGUAUAUCUUCAUCCAUGAUGCAAUCCUGGAGGCCUGCCUGUGUGGGGAGACCACCAUCCCUGUCAGUGAAUUCAAGGCCACCUACAAGGAGAUGAUCCGUAUUGACCCUCAGAGUAAUUCCUCCCAGCUGCGGGAAGAGUUCCAGACGCUGAACUCGGUCACGCCGCCGCUGGACGUGGAGGAGUGCAGCAUCGCCCUGCUGCCCCGCAACCGAGACAAGAACCGCAGCAUGGACGUCCUGCCGCCCGACCGCUGCCUGCCCUUCCUCAUCUCCACCGACGGGGACCCCAACAACUACAUCAACGCGGCUCUGACUGACAGCUACACGCGGAGCGCAGCCUUCAUCGUGACCCUGCACCCACUGCAGAGCACCACGCCUGACUUCUGGAGGCUGGUCUACGACUACGGGUGCACCUCCAUCGUCAUGCUCAACCAGCUGCACCAGUCCAACUCCGCCUGGCCGUGCCUGCAGUACUGGCCGGAGCCGGGCCGGCAGCAGUAUGGCCUCAUGGAGGUGGAGUUUGUGUCAGGCUCCGCGGACGAGGACUUGGUGGCCCGUGUCUUCCGGGUGCAGAACAUCUCGAGGCUGCAGGAAGGGCACCUGCUGGUGCGGCACUUCCAGUUCCUGCGCUGGUCCGCGUACCGGGACACACCGGACUCCAAGAAGGCCUUCCUGCGCCUGCUGGCCGAGGUGGACAGGUGGCAGGCGGAGAGCGGGGACGGGCGCACGGUCGUGCACUGCCUAAAUGGGGGUGGCCGCAGCGGCACCUUCUGCGCCUGCGCCACGGUCCUGGAGAUGAUUCGCUGCCACAACCUGGUGGACGUUUUCUUUGCUGCCAAAACGCUUAGGAACUACAAACCCAAUAUGGUGGAGACCCUGGAUCAGUACCACUUUUGCUAUGAUAUGGCCCUGGAGUACCUGGAGGGGCUGGAGUCAAGAUAGCGGGGGCCCCUGGCCUGGAGCACCCACUGUGCACUCAGGGCCAGGCCCGUCAUCCCGACCGAGAGGAAGACCUGUGUCCCCAACUCUGCUCAACCACAACCCAUAGGGAAGGCACUGGAGUGGGUGAUGGGCCUUCUUGGUGCUGCCUUCACGGGGGGCAGGGCCUUUUGCCAAAUGUACCGUGGGCAGCCUGGGGGCCAAGGAGGAGCUUAGCAAGACUGCAGCCCAGCCCACCUGCGUGGGGCCCUGCUGGCCUGUGCCGAGGGGCCGGGCACUGCCUGGCAGAGUGACAGGAGCUCAGAACUGCUUGCUUGGGGGGACUAGGCUCAAGCCCCGUGACUGUAUCCCAGCCCUUGGUGGGAUGUGUACCAGGCCAAGGUUCCACCCAGCAUGGCUCCACAGGAGCAGGGAGUCCAUCUGGCCCAGUCCCUGCGGUCCUGGGGAGACUGGGCUUUGCUCUGAUUUGCCAGUGGGCACAUCCGACUGAGGUUCCCCAGGCGGAACCGCAGCCCCUCCUCCAGCACUGCGCCCUGUAGCCCCUGGGAAAUCUUGCUCAUGGUCCCUCCCACUUUUGCUUCCCUGACAUGUGCUCUGAGUUCCCUGAACCAGGAUCUGCCCACCUCUCUCCUGCCCGACGCGAAGCUCCUUCCCUGCCUGACCCAACGUCUGCAGAAUGAGACACAACCUCAGGCGCCUCUGCCUAUAACUUCCCGGCCUUGCUGGCCGGGUCCUGCUCAGCCUGGGCCAGUGACAGUCUGAACAAUAAGGCUGAACAACAGCCCGUGGGGUUGAGGUUCCUGUGGCUCCCGAUCAGGCUGCCAACUGGGGAGAGAGCACUGUUAGGUGAGGGCUGCUCCCAACCCUGAGAGUUCAGAGGAAGAAGGUGUGUUUUGGAGUGGAGGAUCAAUGCUUUUUUGUUUAGUUUUUGAUGGGUGGGUGGGAAGAUCUCUUUGCAACGGGGCAGGCCACACCCCCAUUCCGUGCCUCAGAUUCCCCAUCUGUAAACUGUAGAUAUGACUACUGACCUACCUCGCAGGGGGCUGUGGGGAGGCAAAAGCUGAUGUUUGUAAAGUGCUUUGUAAAUAAACGUGCUCUCUGAAUGCCACAGAGCGGCCUGGUGUGUGUCUGACCAGCUUGACUGGGGCUUGCUCACCUGCCCCAGCGUCCCAGUCAGUGGGUGGGCCCUGGACUGGGGGUCAGAGGCCUGCGUGCUG